AUGUACAUGCAGGCCGUGUCUCCAAUGGGCAUUGCAGAAACUUCUGGGUUGGGAGCAGAACUACUGCUCAUUCCAGAGAAUGAAGGCAGUACAGAAAAAUUAGAGAUCAAACUGAAGUGCUUCACCAGGGAGGCUUUCAGAAUGGACAACCAGAAAACACUUCUUCUUCUUCUUUUUGCAGCCAAAUUCUGCUCCCCUGACCAGACAACUGUCUGCAGGGAAGCUUCUGUUGCAGACAUUGUAUUCCUUGUGGAUGGAUCCUGGAGUAUAGGAAAAGAGAACUUCAGAAGGAUGCAAGACUUCUUGUAUAUCAUGGUCAGCAGCUUUGAUGUUGGGGAAGAUAAAAUCCGGAUAGGUCUGAUUCAAUAUAGCGAUGCUCCACACACUGAGUUCUUCUUGAGCACUUACAACUGCAGGGAAGCCAUCUUAGAGAAGAUACAAGCAUUACACUACAAAGGAGGGGGCACAAAAACUGGGGAGAGCUUACGGUUCAUGCUGGAGAAUCACUUUGAGGAAACUGUUGGAAGUCGAAGGCAGGAAGGCGUCCCCCAGAUUGCAGUGGUGAUAACAGAUGGGCAGGCUCAGGAUAAUAUCCAAGAACCGGCCAAGGAAGUCAAGGAUGCAGGCAUCACACUGUAUGCCAUUGGCAUCAAAGAUGCUAGUUUGGAGGAGCUUCAAGAGAUAGCUAGUGAUCCAGAUGACAAGCACGUCUAUGAAGUGGGAGACUUCACUGAUCCAGAUAUCUCUCAUAAUAUGCUACAGGUGCUUUGUAGCACAGUAGAAGAGGUGAACCAAAUCACCCACUUCUCCCAAGUUUGCACAAAAGCCACCUUGGCUGACGUCGUAUUUUUAGUGCCUACUUCAACAAGUAUUGGCCCAGAAAACUUUCAGAAAGUGAAGAACUUCCUCUACAUCCUGGUUUCAAGCCUUAAUGUGAGCAGCGAUCAGAUCCGGAUUGGACUGGCCCAGUACAGCGAUGAGACCUUCAAGGUGUUUUUGCUGAAUCAAUAUUCACUGAAAAGUGACAUUCUGGAACAGAUACAGAAUUUGCCAUAUAAGAGCGGAGGGAGUUACACAGGCACAGCUCUGGAUUUUGUCAACACGUAUUUCACUGAGUCUGCUGGUAGCAGAGCUCUGGAAAACGUCCCCCAGGUAGUCAUCCUGAUCACUAAUGGGGAAUCCAAUGAUGAGGUCAAAAUGCCAGCCAACAAAUUGAAAGCCAGAGGCAUUGUCUAUGUGGUUCGAAUCAAUGUCCAGGAUUCAACUGAGCUUCAGGAAAUAGCCAACAAGCCUUUAAAUACAUUUCUGUUUGGUAUUGACAGUUAUGAUGUCCUUCAAGAUCUCCCCAGAAGCCUUUUGCAAACCAUGUGCUUUGCAGUCGAGAGCCAGAUUAAAGCAUUUACAAAGCACUAUGCUGACAUUGUUUUUCUCGUUGACUCUUCUGUGAAUAUGGGGUCUUCUACCUUCGAGCAAAUAAAAAAUUUCAUUUACCAAAUUGUUGACCAGCUUGAUGUUGGGACUGACAAAUACAGGGUCGGCCUAGCCCAGUACAGCAGGGAAGGCCAUGUGGAGUUUUUACUGAACACCUAUAAGAGCAAGGAAGAUGUGCUCAAUCACAUCCAGGGGCGUGUCACAUUCCUGGGGGGCCCUUUGCAAACAGGAAGUGCCCUGGAGUUUCUGCACAGAGUCUUUUUCAAAGAAGAGGCUGGGAGCCGAAUUAGCCAAGGCACCCCCCAGUUUGCAGUGGUCAUCACUUCUGCCAAAUCAGAGGAUGAUGUUGCAGAAGCUGCAGAGGAGCUGAAAGAGAUCAGAGUGAAAGUCAUCUCAGUCGGUGUCCAAAAUUCGGAUCGGGAAGAAAUGGAGGUGAUAGCCACCUCUCCCUUGGUUUACCAAGUCAAUGUAGUGCAGAGCAUCAGUCAGCUGCACCAGGACAUUACUGAUGUUUUGGAAGCGUCAGUUCAACAACAGUAUGACUCUGCCCUAGAUGCAAAAGUGCCAGCAGUAUGCUCCAGAGCAUCUGUAGCAGACAUUGUAUUUCUUGUGGAUGAAUCCAGCAGAAUUGGGUUAAGAAACUUCCAGCUGAUCAGGACCUUUCUGCUCAAAAUAGUCAAUGCUCUGGAUAUUGGCCCAAAUAAUAUCAGAGUUGGCUUGGUGUUGUACAGUGAUGAACCAAGGCUAGAGUUCACCCUGGAUACAUUUGAGGACAAAUCAGAUAUCUUGAACUACCUGACAAAAUUGCCAUAUCGAGGUGGGAGCACGUACACUGGUGCUGCCAUAGAUUUCCUGAGGAAGAAGGUUUUUACUCAAAAGGCAGGUAGCAGGAAAAAUCAAGGAGUACAGCAAUUAGCUGUGGUUAUCACUGAUGGCCAGUCUUACGAUGACUUUGAUGAGCCUGCCUCUAAACUGAGACAUCAUGGAGUUGCUGUCUACGCUGUGGGCACCAAGAAUAUCUCAGAGAGUAGCCAGAUGGAUAAAAUUGCAUCGUAUCCCGCAAGGAAACACGUCACCAACUUGGAAUCUUUUCUGCAGCUGUCAAAUAUUGAAUGGAAAAUAAAGAAACAGCUUUGCAGUGAGAUUGUGUCACAAACCUUUGUAGUCCCAGUGCGAUCACGGACCCUGAAAGAAGGUUGUGUAGACACAGAGGAAGCUGAUAUUUAUUUCCUGAUUGAUGGGUCUGGCAGUAUAUUCCCAAAUGACUUCCAGGACAUGAAAGUAUUCAUGAAUGAGAUGAUCCUCACGUUCCCGGUCAGUGCCAAUGGAGUUCGCUUUGGUGUGGUUCAGUAUGCAAGCACUCCUCAAACAGAAUUCGUGAUUAGCCAGUACAGCAGCGUGAAUCAGUUAAAGGAAGCAGUCCGUGUUAUUCAGCAGUCAGGAGGUGGCACCAAUACUGGAGAUGCUUUAAGGUAUAUGAAAAGUCUUUUUGCAAAGGCCACCAGGGACAAUGUUCCCAAGUUGCUGAUAGUCAUUACGGAUGGUGAAUCCCAGGAUCAGGUGACAAAGGCAGCAGAAGAGCUGAGACAAGAAGGGAUUGUUAUAUAUGCCGUUGGCGUCGGGUAUGCAGUUAAAAAGGAACUGAAAGACAUCGCAGGAACAGAAGAGCGAAUGUUUUUUGUAAACGACUUUGAUUCCUUAAAGCUCAUCAAACAUGAUAUUGUGCAGGAUAUCUGCUCCCCAGAAGCCUGUAAGAACAUGAAAGCCGACAUUAUUUUGCUAGUCGACAGCUCUGAGAGUAUCCACCCUGUUGAUUUUCAGAAGUUGAAGGAUUUCAUACAGCUGAUUGUGAACAGGUCUGAUAUUGGGGCUGAUAAAGUUCAGAUUGGCUUGUUGCAGUUCAGUUCAGAGCCCCAGGAGGAGUUCCAAUUCAACAGCUACGGCAGCAGGACUGACCUAAGGAGAGCCAUUUUGGGAAUCAGGCAGAUUAAAUCCAGAAUGAUGACCGGGAAAGCCCUAACUUUUGCCUCCUCUUACUUUGAUGAACCCAAAGGAGGGCGACCCAGAGUAAAACAGUAUCUCAUAGUGAUCACAGAUGGGGAGGCCCAAGAUAUCGUGAGAGAGCCUGCUGAGACCAUUAGGGACAAAGGUAUCACCAUCUAUGCCAUUGGUGUUCGCCAGGCAAACAACUCCCAACUUGUGGAGAUUGCUGGCAGUCAAGACAAAGUGUUCUUCGAGGAUAACUUUGAUUCCCUUACCUUUCUGGAAAAGGAGAUUCUCUUUGAAAUUUGCAACCCGGAGGAUUCAUGCAAAAAGACUGAAGUUGCAGACAUCAUAUUUGUAGAGCAUGGAUCAAGAAGCAUCAUAGACUUGAAGUUCCAGGGCAUGCAGAGGAUCAUGGAGGCUGUGGUGAAUGACUCAGUGGUUGGAAAAGACAAUGUUCAGUUUGGGGCUGUGGUCUAUAGCACUGAUCCUCAGGAUCAUUUCUCACUGAAUACGUACUCUGCUAAAUCGCAGGUCAGAGAAGCAAUCUCUAAUUUGAGACCUAUGCCGGGGCUAACCUUCACAGCAAGGGCUUUGAACUUUGCCAGGGAGAGAUUUGGUAUGGCUUAUGGAGGUCGUACAUCAUCUUUUAGUGUCACCCAGAUUCUUGUGCUUAUUACUGAUCAGCCAACUUCACCCUUGGAUAAACCCAAUCUUCCAGCAGCAGCAAAAUCUUUGAAGCAAGAUGGUAUCAAUGUCUUUGCUGUUGGAGUGGAUGAAGCGAGUAGAACAGAGCUUGAAGAAAUUGUGGGAGAGCGAGAGAAAUUGUUCUUUGCACCGAGCUAUAAUGAACUGGAAAGCUCACACGAAGACCUCACUCAUACAGUAUGUGAUGAGGCAAAGCCAGCUUGUGGCAACCAACAGGCAGAUCUUAUAUUCUUGAUUGAUGGGUCAGAAAGAAUACCUGCAAAUAACUUUUCUGCCAGGAAAACAUUCAUGAAGGAAAUCGUGGACAGUUUUAUUAUCGCUCAGGACAAAGUCCAAGUUGGUGUGAUCCAGUACAGCAAAGAUCCCCAGAAGGAAAUAUAUCUCAAUGAAUUCCACUCCGACACAGCCAUAAAGGAACAGAUUGACAGCAUUGUCCAAUUAAAGACCUCCACCUUCACCGGUAAAGGUCUGAGGUUUGUCAAGAGCUUUUUUGAGACUGCCAAUGGUGGCAGGAAAAAACAAGGAGUUUUGCAAAGCCUAGUAGUGAUUACUGGUGGGCAGUCUAACGACAUGGUGGAUGAGGCAGCUAUUGCUCUGAGGAAUGAUGGGACACACAUCUUUGCAAUUGGCCUAGGAAGUCCAAACUCAUUUGAGUUGCUUCGAAUUGCUGGUGAUGCACGCAGGGUGUAUGUGCUGGAGAAUUUUGAAGAGCUGAAAACCAUAGAGAGGAAGGUUGUCACUGAAAUCUGUGAAUUGGAAGAUCAUCCUAGCCAGGACUGCAACAUAGAUGUUUCUGUAGGAAUUGAUAUUUCAAGGCGCAUGAAGUCUAUAUCUGCACUGCAUGAGAAGCAGAAACUGCAAAAGUAUCUGCCCAAACUUCUACACGGGAUGGAGUCCUUGACUAACAACAGCUGUACUGUUGAGUCUCAAAUCAACAUCAGGUUCAAGUACCAAGUGUUUGUACAGAACGGCCAGUCCUUGUUUGACUCCGAUUUUGAAGCCUAUGACGAAGAGAUCGUCCAGAAAUUCUUAGUUGUCCAGACAAUUGUGGACACAUAUCUGAAUGCAGACUUCUUACAGUCAUUUUGGGAGAAAUCCCUCAGCCUGGCCUCUGCUAAAGUGAAGAGGGAGAGAGGUCCAAUGGGCUUCAAUGGAACUCAAGGAGAAGGAGGAUGCCCGGGUGUUAGAGGUCCUAAGGGAGCAAGAGGCUAUCGAGGAAUUCGGGGUGAAGAUGGUGAAAAUGGAAUUGAUGGGACUGAUGGAUCGGAGGGAAAACGAGGAUCUCCUGGAUCUUCUGGAGAAAAAGGCAGCGCAGGAAGACAGGUAAAAAAAGGACCUAGAGGAGAAUUGGGUGAGCGUGGAGAGCCUGGUCUAAGAGGAGACCAUGGGGAUCCUGGAAUUAACAACAAUGUCUCUGGUCCAGAGGGUGAAAAAGGAAAGCCAGGGCAGCAGGGAGAACCGGGAACAGAUGGAGUGCCAGGAGUGUUGGGUGAAGAGGGCACUGAUGGUGCAGAAGGUCGGAGAGGUCCCCAGGGCUUAAAGGGUGGGCGAGGAGAUCGUGGGGAACCAGGUUAUCCAGGAGAUCCUGGCCUACGAGGCUCACAGGGUCUAAGAGGACCACAGGGGGUCAGAGGCCCUCCUGGACCACAAGACAUACCAGGCCCUCAGGCUAAUCCAGGAGCCUCAGGUGCAGCAGGCUCUCCUGGGAAUCCAGGGCCUAGAGGACCACAGGGUGAACCUGGAGAUCCUGGUGAGACGAGUCUGCUGGGACCCGCUGGCCCAAGGGGCAUGCCUGGCCCAGAUGGCAAUAAUGGGUAUGGUCCUGCAGGAAGCAAAGGAGCAAAGGGAGAAUCUGGAUUCCCAGGAUACCCCGGUCCACAGGGAGAAGAUGGUGAUCCAGGCAGUCAAGGAGAUAGAGGGUCCAAAGGAAUUAGAGGGAAAAGGGGAAAUGCUGGAUUUCCAGGUUCAGAGGGAAAUCCAGGGGACCAAGGGCCUCCAGGACCACAGGGUUGUGAGGCACCAAAGGGUACCAUAGCCAUGGCUCCUUGUGGACUUGUUAAUUUCACACGAGAAAACUGCUCUUGCUUAUCAGGUACAGCCAAAUGUCCAGUAUAUCCAACUGAAUUGGUGUUUGCCCUCGAUAUGUCUGAAGAUGUUACCCUAGCAGCAUUUGAAAGAAUGAGGGAUAUUGUGAUCUCUUUGCUGCGGGUCAUCAAGCUCAGCGAAAGCAACUGUCCGACUGGUGCCCGCAUCUCCAUAGUUUCAUACAAUACCAAUACAAGGUACCUCAUCCGAUUCUCAGAAUUCCAGAGGAACAACUUGCUGCUGGAAGCAGUCCAGAGAAUACCGCUGGAGAGGUCCUCGGGCAGACGCAAUAUUGGAAUGGCCAUGAGAUUCAUUGCAAGGAAUGUGUUCAAGCGGGUUCGUCAGGGUGUUCUCGUAAGAAAAGUUGCCAUAUUUUUCACCAGUGGUCCAUCACAGGAUGCUACCUCCAUCAACACAGCAGUGCUGGAGUUUGGUGCCCUGGAUAUCACUCCUGUUGUGAUUGCCUUCAGUGAAGUCCCUAAUAUCAGACGUGCUUUCUCGAUGGAUGACACUAGAAGAUUUCAACUGCUUAUUUGGGAAAGGCAGCAAAAUCAGCUCUUGGAAAGCAUCACAUAUUGCACAUUCUGCUAUGAUAAAUGCAAACCAGAUACAAACUGUGAAGUGACAGUUCCCCCACAAGUCAUGGCGAACAUGGACAUCACUUAUGUCAUGGACAGCUCUGGCAGCAUUGACAGCGAUGAGUUUGAGAGAGCCAAAGAUUUUGUGAGUACCAUGCUCGAUCACUUUGUUAUCACCUCACAGCCGAGGGGAUCGGAGGAAGGGGCGAGGGUGGCAUUGGUGCAGCAGGCUCCUCGAAGCUUUAUCUCCAACUGAAACACAAGCCCAGUGAACAAAGAGUUUGAUCUGAUCACGUACAGUGGUAAACAUUUGAUGAAGAGACAUAUCCAAGAAUCUGUUCACCAGCUGGAAGGGCCAUCUGCCAUUGGUCAUGCUCUGCAAUGGACAAUUGAGAAUAUAUUUUUCAAAGCCCCCAAGCCGAGACAACACAGGGUCAUAUUUACAAUACUUGGAAGUAAGACGAGUUCCUGGGACAGACAGAAACUGAGAGAGGUCUCACUGCAAGCCAAGUGCCAAGGAUUCAUCAUGUUCACCCUAGCACUUGGAAACUAUAUUACCAGCAGCGAGCUGACAGAGCUUUCGAGCUUCCCAGCAGAACAGCACCUAGUGCAACUGGGCAGGGCUCUGAAACUUGAAAUGGCAUAUGCUCAGAAGUUUAGUCGUGUCUUCCUAAACCUCCUAAAACGGGGAAUGAACAGUUAUCCUUCUCCAGAACUGCAAGAAGAGUGUGAAGCCUUAAAUCGAGGAGAUGCACAACAGCACGUAGCUGUUCUGGAGAGGAUACCUUUCCCUGAAUUUGGUGGAGUUGACAGUGUUGGGAAUUUGGAAGAGCUAAUGGAAAGCAGAAUGAUAGAAGAAAUUACAGAAGCCACUCAGGAGGAACCUGUAAAUGUCAGACAAGAAGAAAAAUAUGAUUUUGAGGAGAAGUAUUUCACAGAGGGCAAUGCCAAAGAGACCAAGCUAGAGGAAUAUGGAGAAGUCCCAGAGAAGAAUGAAGAAAACUUAGGGGAGACAGUAGAAACUGGAGCUGCAUAUGCUAACUAUGAUGCUUGUGCAGUGGAUCAUGAUGGAGGAGUGUGUCAAGAUUACAAUCUGAAAUGGCAUUAUGACAAAGAGCAGAAAGUCUGCACUCCAUUCUGGUAUGGCGGCUGUGGAGGCAACAAAAACAGAUUUGAAACUCAAGAGGAAUGUGAAGCUUUGUGCAUAGCAUCUUCUUAGAGUGGAGACAGUCAAACCACUUCACUUCUUCAACUAUGCUGUAAGGACAAUGGGGAAAAAGAAAUUAAAAGAAAAAGCUCUAAGUUAACAAUACUGCUUCUAAAUUUUAGGUAAAACAAAUACAUUCUUAUUAAAAUCCAUGUUGCAAGAGGGCAUUUUUAGUUGUUUCUUACCUACUAACUGAAUAAUGAAAAUGGAGUUACAAAAAUUGAUUUAGGAAGAACCGGUCUAGGAAAUAUUAUUUUCUUAGCCAAUAGUGCAUUAUUUAAAAGGGUAAGGUAAAAAUUAAUACCAACACUUGAUACUGCUCCAUAACACCAAAACGUGAACUUUUUAAGCGUACUGAAGAAAAUAAAUCAAUACCUCAGACAUUUGUAUAAAAUAAUAUUGGAGGUGAGAUGUUAAUGUCAAAGUGUUUUGGUUCAUUUGUCUGAAUUAAUCCUAGUUAAAGAAUGGGUCAAAACAAUAUUUUAGCUCUCAAAAGAUGUAGAGCUAUGAUAGGUCACUCUGCUCUGGUCUGUGUCUAAUGUAGCCUAAUUCUUAGCCUUCUUUUAAAGAACCCAAUAUGAAUAAAUUCUUUCUGCCUAAAAUAUUAAGGUGUAUGCCACUGUGUUUUUUAAAAUUGAUUUUGACAGCCUUGUAGAUUGGCUUCUCAGCACAUAUAAAUCAGCAUAGCUCAAAUUCCUUUCACUGAGGGAUCAACACACAGACGAAAUGCCAAUGAUUGUGUAGGACAAAUACAGAAGAAUUAGGUCAUAAGUGUUUGGUACUGCUGGGAAAGCCAUGUAUUUUUCUUUAAAGCACAAAGAAUUUCAGGUAAGGUUUGUUUUUGUUUUUUUAAGUGCACAUGCUACUACUUUUAGAGCCUGUUCAUGAUGCUACCUGGCACUGAGUUUUAUUGCCCAGUGGAAAAAUGUGGCUUUACAGCCAUAGGGCUAGAUACACAAAGGGAUUUAGGUGCCUAACUGCUAUUUUAGCCUCCUAAAUCCAAAAUUUAGGACCUCAAAACCCUAACUCAGCUAGACACCUUCAAGGACAGGUGACAAAGUCCUUAGGCACCUUAAAUUUUGCCAUUCAGCAUGCACACAGUGCCACGGUCCAGAUACCCAGCUCAUACCUAAGGCCCAGCAGAAUGCUCAGACUAGGUAUUCCCCCGUCUAACUCACCUGUGGGGCCUAAUCAGGUAGCUGUUCUCAGAGGACACCUAACAGAUCAGGCCAUGCACAAAAUAUCAGAGGAAGAUAUGGUUCCCUUAUGACCUUUAAUAGAGUGGGUAGAGCACUCCCUCAGGCUGUGGGAGCCCCAGGUUCAAAUAAUCCCUUUGCCUGAUUUGGAGCAGGGAUUGGAAUCUCUAUCUCCCACCUGGCAGGAGUGUGCCCUAACCGCUGGGCUAUGGAAGAUUCUGGGGUGGGGCUUUUUCAAUCCCUCCUGCUCAAGCUGUGCCACGUUGUAGAAAUAAUUAAAUAAAUGGUCAUUGGAACGGGCAUUUGAGUCUCUGACAUCCCAGGCGAGCACCCUAGCCAUUGGGCUACAGCGUCACUCACCCUCUUUUUCUGUCCCAAUGGAUAUUUAAUUACUUACACAAAGUGGAACAGCUUCAACAGGAGAGACAGACCUGAUCCAGAGUACCCCAUCUCCUAGUGGUUAUGGCAGUCUCCGGAGAGGUGGGUUCCAAUCCUUGCUCCCUAGCAGGCAGACGGGGAUCUGCACCUUGAUUUCCCAUAUCCUCAGUGAGUGCUCUAAUCCCUGGGCUAAAGGUUAAGGGGUGGGUAGAGGCAGUGGCAAAAUCACCACCAUUUUUUUUUUUUUUUUUUUGGCAAGAAAGGGCUUAGGCGCCUAACUCUAGGAGAGGAAUCAGGACUUUGAGGGGCUGGGCGUAGGCCACGCUCCUCUCCUCAUCAUUUCCUCUUGGCUAGCUUAGGUGGCUCCCCACUCAGCGUGCAUCCUAUUCUUCGGUGCCUAACCCUCCCCUUGCAGUGUACUGGGAGCCUUGGCACUCAGCUUGAGGCUGUGACUUUCAUUAGGUGGCAAGGCACCUGAAAGAAAGUGAAGCGACACCGAGCCUAAGUCCCCUUUGUGGCUCUAGCCCAUAGCAUCCUAUUUGAAACAGUAUACAGCUUGCCCCCACAUCAGUGGUGGUCACAUAGCACUUACAACGCAAUCUAGUCUCCCUCCUGGAGGAGGUGAUAUCACAGUGAUAUCACCCACCAAAUGGUAUCCAUUUGGCUGCAGCUGGAGAGUAUGUGUGGUGGGAUUGGAUUGUGUGUGUGUGGGGUGGAGGGGGCUGAUUCUCUGUGUUGAUUGGAGAAAUAGUUCAUUGAUUUCUUAUUUAAAAAAACCUGAUGAAAACAUGUUCUAAAGCCUAUCCUGCUGAAAGACUCUGGCCAAUCUUAAAGCCUCCAGGCCUUCUGAUCUCCUAUGGGGAAGUCAGUAAUGCCACUGAAACCGGUCAAGUUUGCAGCAGGAUAUUCAUAGAGUUCAAGCUGAGAAGGCAACAGUAGAUCAUCUAGUCUGAUUGUCUGUAUAUCACAGGCCAUUAACUUUCACCCAGACUACCCUGUAUUGAGUCCAGUAAUUGUGUAUAACUAAAAGCCUGUCUUGUUUGGUUAAAGCAGAUCUUCCAGUAAGGCAACCAGAAGUCCAUGGUAGCAAACCCCAAGCAAGGACUGGGGUCUAAAGAGCCUGAUUUCCCCCUCUCACCAUGGUGUAAAUCAGAUGUAUGUUCAUUGAUGUCAAAGGAGUUACCCGAUGUAGGCUUGGAAGGAUUAGAUUUUAAAUUAGUAAAUGUCAAUUUCAAUAUAUACACAAACAGAUGAAAAAAAUAUUUCCCCUGGUAAUAAUCAAAGUUUACAGAUAAGCAAGAAAAAUGCUGCUUGAGAACUAGAGUUUGAUUAAAGAUAUUUACUUUGUAUAUUUUGCUAUGUGCUGUUGACAAUGUUUUAACAGGUGUGCAGCUUUGACUUUUUGAAUCUCAAUGCCAUUAAAUAAUUGCCUGACCCCAUCCCGUUUAUUAUGAAAAUUUAAAUCAAAAAUUGAAAAAAAAUGCUUAGACAGAUAUCCGUCAUAAUUAUAGAACAAUACAGAUUGAAUUCUGCCAAGACUACCCUUGUAAAAGUGGGAUCAGCAUCAAAUCCUCAGGGAAAGAUUUUACUAUUAAACCUUAGUUACUAUUCAAAGUUAACAGUACACAUGGGAGCCUGAAACCACUACAAAUGUUCAGUUCAGAAUUGGAAUUUAGUUUGUAGAAUAAAAAUAAAUGUGCAUUUGUUACCAAACUGUCCAAGCACAAAGAAUCCACACAGAAUCCUUUUGUUUCCUUUGACUGUGAGAAGUAAAGCACACAUUUUAACAAUCCUUUUUAAAAAAAAAAAUUAAUGUAGUACUUGUGAUAUGUACCAAACUGACAGAUUGGGAAAUUAAGUGCACUAUCCAUUACAGGCAAUGUCACUGCAAACAGUCAUACAUGAUACCUCACUGUUAUGCUAAGAAUCAGUUGCUGGAGAGUGAUCCUGUGAGGUAAAAAGGCAGUUAAAUCACCCCUGGGCCUUUCUGAGACUGUCAGUUUGGUGGUGGUGGUAGGGGUUACAUAGGCAUUAUCAGCCUAUAACUAACA